ACUCUACGUACGCACAUCGCUAAAGGUAGCUAGCUGCUCUUCCACUGUGUGACCGAGAGGCAUGGCUCCAAGGCUCGCGACGCUGGCGCUGGCAGUGCUCCUCGCGGCGGCCGUGGUGGCUCCGCCGGCCGCGGUGCGCGCGGCGAUGUCGUGCUCGACGGUGUACAACACCCUGAUGCCGUGCCUGCCGUACGUGCAGACGGGCGGGGCAAUGCCGCCGCAGUCAUGCUGCGGCGGCAUCCGGAGCCUGCUGGCGCAGGCCAACAACACCCCCGACCGCCGCACCAUCUGCGGCUGCCUCAAGAACGUCGCCAACGGCGCCUCCGGCGGGACCUAUCUCGAUCGCGCCGCGGCGCUGCCCAGCAAGUGCGGCGUCUCCCUGCCAUACAAGAUUAGCACCAACGUCAACUGCAACACGAUCAACUGAGGCAUCUUGUGCGCCUUCCGUGCGAGGAAUGCCGGAGAAUAAUAAAAUUAUACUACUAUUUAAGCUAGACUGGACUAGAUCUUGAUGUUCUUGUCACUAGUCGCGUUUCGGGUGUUUACUAGUAGUCUACAGUUCCUAAUGGUGUAUCGUGGUAGUUCCCACGAGCAGUCAUGAACCGAGGUGUGGUUGAUCUGUACUGUGGCUAUGUAAUGCAUGUGUGUGCUAUGAUCCAGACGUAAUCCUCGUGAAACUACUUAUUAUUA